UAUCAUCAAACAAGUUUUUCCAUAUUAUUCAAAAAACUAUUCAAGUUAGUUGAAAGAAUAAUCUUGUGAAUGGUGAACGUACACGAACAAAACUCUAAUUUAUCAAUGGGAAAGCGCUGCUGCUGGUUUGCCGCUGGGUGCUAGUUUUUCGGUGCCGUGGGUACCCCUUUUUGCAUUAGGCUAUCGUGUUCGGGUUUGCUGUACACUUGGUCGUCUCCCGCGUAUCGGAAAGCAGUGUUCCGACGCGUCAAACUGUGCGAGUUACGACGAGUAUUGUGUGUUUUCAUUAUUUUUUUUACCGUCGAGUUCCGAGUGUACGUAAGCCCUCCCGUGCGGUGCGCCGUUUGCGUCGAUUGUUUGGGAAAAGGAAAAUAAUAAAUUCUAAUCUGUCAUCCGGAGAAGACGGAUCGGGAGGAAAAAAACACAUUUCUGCAACCCGCCGCGCGCUGCGUACGAGUGUGACAUUUCCGGCGAUCGGAGCGCCAUCUCGGAAGACGAAGAAGGAGAUAUCGGAAGAUUAAUUGAUUAACAUUUUUCGGUGCGUAGAUCAAAUGACCGUCGUGACGGUGAGUGACCUUUUUGUCAUCGAUUAAAAGAGAAACGACAUUGUGAUAAUCGUUAGCGGUGAUUGAUGGCACCAGUGAUAAACACGUUUUGUGCGGUGAGUGUCAGUGCGGCUGUGUUCUCUAUUGUUCGGUAAAAGACCAGAGGAAUUCUCCUGUGCGAAAACUAGACAAGCACGGAGUACGACGAACAUGUAAAAUUGGUGCUCAUUGUUGUUUCCAUAACGCGCUAUUAGCGAAGUCGAAGAAACUUCAAAAGGCAACUUACUAAAAAAGAAGUUAAUAGCUCCCAGAGUUUAAACGGCGUAGAAAGAAACGAAAAAUUGAAUAGAGGGAAAUGUUUUAGAAGUUGCCGCUCGGCUAUCGUUUUCUAAAUAUCAAAUUAAACAAAUAAGCGCUAGCGCGGAGGAGGUGAGCGAGCCGAAGAGAGCGCGAAGAAGCAAAGAGAGGGAGCAAAAACUGAACGCUUAACAAAAAGUGUUUUAAGAUGACUCAUUUUAUUUAAUUGUACACUCUUCUAAAAAUUACUGUUCCAAGCCGUGGAGGAAGUUUAGUGAAGAAGCGUUGAUCGGUGCCAGAAAAAAAAAUACACGCAAAACCUAUCGACAUUUGGGAAAUAUAGAGUAAAAGUGAUCAUCAUCCAUCGUGAAAGGUCGAAAGAUAAGAAGCAAAACGAGUAAAAGUGUGAUAGAAGUGGCGAAGAGCUUUUCUCGGCAGGCGCAACUGUUUUGAAAAACGCUAGCCAAAACGUCGGAUCCCACGCGGAGGCUCGAGCAUACGGCGUUCAGCAUGUUGACCGACAUGAGUCCGUCGGCAGCCGGACAGUUCUACGGCGCGCAGAUACCGGCCAUGGGCAUGAACAUCACCAACAUCGCGACCCACAUGCAGAAACCAUCGGAGCACCCUGGCUUACGAGGCACACCUUUGGCAAUGUUGGCUGCGCAGUGUAACAAACUGUCCAACAAGUCACCUCCACCUCUAGCGGACGCCGCCGUGGGCAAAGGUUUUCACCCGUGGAAGAAAAGCCCCAUAUCGUCCGGCCCACACUCGCCCAACUCGCUCGGAAGCCCUCAGACGGCGACCAGCAGCAGUUCGGGAAGCAACGUCAUACAAUCCACGCAGCGAACCCUAUCGGCUUCGUCGGCAUCGUCCGCAUCGUCGACCGCCAGCCCAAUGUCCAACUUAACCAACAGUCGCCCGAUAACGUCGUCGUGUUCGGCGUCCACAACGCCGUCCUACGGCAGUGACUUGUAUUUCCCGGGAGCCACCACAUCGCCGGCUUGUGCCGAGAAUCCACACAUGCAGCACGGUAUUCUGGGGAAGGUCGAGGGUGCGACCCUCGGGUCAGUAUACUCGCGCCAUCCGUACGAUUGGCCUUUCAAUGCCGUUUCGGCAGCGACGGCUCACAAGACCGAUAACAUGAACUCCGGCUGGUGGGAUAUGCAUGGAGCGGCCGGCGGCUGGUUGGACAUGGGAAGUGCCGGCAUGCACGCCGCUACCAUGGCAAACUACGCAGCUACUGCUGCCGUUAGUUCUGACUAUUCGACGCUGACACAUUCACUCACUAACACGGCACACCUGCUUGGCACCGGGCAGCACCUGCUGCAGGAUACAUACAAAAGUAUGCUACCAUCCCAGGGCGUCGGAGGCUUCGGCUUGCCACACACACCGCCUUCACCGGCACCGCCAACGCCGCAGGCCCCGUCUCCUCGCAGUCAGCGUCGCUAUUCGGGCCGUGCCACCUGCGACUGUCCUAACUGUCAGGAAGCAGAACGGCUCGGACCGGCCGGAGUUCAUCUACGCAAGAAGAACAUCCAUAGCUGUCACAUUCCUGGCUGUGGUAAGGUUUACGGGAAAACAAGUCACCUGAAGGCUCACCUUCGAUGGCACACCGGCGAGCGGCCAUUCGUCUGCAAUUGGUUAUUCUGUGGCAAGCGCUUCACCCGAUCCGAUGAACUCCAGCGCCAUCUACGCACACAUACAGCAAAACACGUCAAAACCCACGGAUCAUCGACGGCCGGUGGCAAUGGCAGUGCCGGGACCGGAGCGACCAAGAAAACUUCAUCCGACUCGUGCAGCGACUCCGAGGAGACCAACCAAACCGAUAUCCACCAACAGCAGCAGCAGCAAUCCGGUGGAGGCGGCGGCGGCGGCGGAGCUCCCGGAGGAGGCGGUGUUGGCGGCAGCCCUGGGUCGGCAAGUCACGUCGGUCACGUUGGUUCGAUGCCCCCGGGGAUGCCCAUGGUCGGCCAUCCCGGUGCGCUGAGUCAUCCCUCGCAGCAACAGCAACAGCAGCAGCAGUCGGGUGCACCUCACCACCACGCCCACACCCCUAGUCCCGGGCUGGAUCACGUCAGCCAGCUGGACGUGAAGCCGGGCAUUGUCUGAGGGAUGCUGGGGGCGCCCCUUUUUGGCCACCACUCGGGCGGCCAAGUCAUGGGACCCUUUUGAAGCGAGAAUUUUCGGAUAGGAAGGGGGGGUUAUUUCAUGCUUUUUUUUUGGGGAGUGGAUUGCGCGUAAAUUAACGACGGGUACAAAAAUAACAAUUUGAAGGGGUGCCCAUUGGAAUGAGACUUAUUUUUCGAAUGUUUAAAUUGAAUUCUGGUAAGCUUUGGAAAAACGUCCUAUUUGAAGUGAUUAAAUUAUACAAAAAAAUAGAAAGAAAUAAUUGAAUAGAGCUAUAGCGGCAUCGAAUUUGGAAUAUAUUCUUUAGUUUUUUUUUAUUCUACAGAAAGCCUUUUAUGUCCUUUGAAUUGUCCGUUCACUCUCCAACAUUGAGGUGCGGAAAUCGUAGGAUAAUGAAGCGGACUAUG